AGCAGCGUGCUGAGAGCUGCAGCAACCCCUCUGGGAGGUUUUCAGCCUUGGCCGGAGCCGCCCGAGCGCCCCCGGGGCCGGGAGGCUGCCGCUGGCCCGGGCUCAGCGGGAGGCUUUCUGGGACAGCCAUUCCUGGCUCCAGCCGGUGUCCGGGCGGCUGUGUGAGGGCAGAGCCACUGCUCGGACCAGACGGCAGCGGCAUGGCGCUCCGGGGAGCCUGCCUGCUCCUCUGCCUCCUCUCCCUCGCCCAGGUCUCCGGCCAGCAGAACGGCAAAGCCCGGCAAAAACCGGCGGCUUCCAAGAAAGAUGGUGUGAGCCUCAAAAUGAUUGAAGACCUGAAGGCCAUGAUUGACAACAUCUCUCAAGAGGUUGCUCUACUGAAGGAAAAGCAAGCACUCCAGACAGUUUGCCUGAAAGGCACCAAAAUUCACCUAAAAUGCUUUCUGGCGUUUUCGGAGACCAAGACGUACCACGAGGCCAGCGAGAGCUGCAUCUCUCAGGGCGGCACGCUCAGCACGCCCCAGAGCGGGGAGGAGAACGAUGCCCUCUACGACUACACGCGCAAGAGCGUUGGCUCGGAGGCCGAGAUCUGGCUGGGCCUCAACGACAUGGCUGCAGAGGGCAAGUGGGUCGACAUGACGGGCAGCCCCAUCCGCUACAAGAACUGGGAGACUGAAAUCACCGCCCAGCCCGACGGCGGCAAGCUGGAAAACUGCGCAGCUUUGUCGGGGACGGCCGUUGGCAAGUGGUUUGACAAGAGGUGCCGAGAGCAGCUGCCCUACGUCUGCCAGUUCAUGAUCGUGUAGCAGCAGGGCCUCCCCUGCCCAGCCAGCCCAGAUCUCCACUCUGGGCAGCAGGAUGAUGAAGCUGUAGUUGUGUGUACACUGCACGUACAUCCACACACCCACAGUAGAGUCACCCUUUGCAAAGAGAGUCGCCGCGGCUCGCUGUCGGGUUAUAGAGCUCUAGAGCUUUUCCUUUGGCCACAUCCAGCCCUGUUUGCAGCUGCACUGCUCUUCCUAAGGCAUGAUUUAUAGAUAUAUAUUUUUUUACACAGGGAAUUUAUUAGGACAGCUCAGUUGUUCCAGCAACAGGGCAGCAGUCCAGCCUGGCAUACAGCUGCCUCGGCUGCCCAGGGCUGUCACUCUGCAGUCCUUUCCCAUUUUACUGAGCUUUCUUGGGACACUAGCAUAGGCAAUUUCUGCUUUCUUCUCUUGUUUUGCUUCCCCAUAAGCCCUGGCAGCAAUUUGUGAGAGUUCCAUGUUCCUCACAGUAUCCCAAUUCAGCCUUGUGAGGAUCAAAGUCCUGUCUCAAUGAGCAGAGGGAGUUACCUCUGCUUUGCAUUGAGAAAUGCUAUUUGGCUUAUUUGGCAGGGUGCCAGCUGCUCAAGGGGUUGUCCAACUAGUCAAAUUACGUGUAUGACUGAAUUAGCAAGUUACAGGCAUGUUUGAUCCUUUUCUCACCAGACAGAAGCCAGUUUCAUUGACUUCAGUGGGACAGCAAGACCCACUGCCAGAUCCUUUGAAAAAAAAUCCCAUCAGAAGCUUUAUUUAUGCUGCAGUAUGAAGAGGAAAGCAGCUAAGACUUGUAGCAUGGUUAGUCAACAAUAUUACUAGAACUAGAAGAUGUGUUUAUUACAUAAAUUACAUAAAUGUAAUACUCUUAGGGGGUAUGUUGCUAUAUAAAACUAACUAUAUGUUGAAAACAAGCCCCAGGACAACUCACUCCAGCAGCUUUAGGAAUGGCCUGACCUGUUUAUAUGACUGAAAUCCAGAUGAAUUAUUCCAAUCUUUGCUGGUUCUCAGCAAAUGUAAAUCUGCUGAGCACUGUU